AAUACCAUAAGGUAGUUUACUGAUGAUAGGAAGCUCUUUCAUGUUUCUGGUCUUCUCAACAGUGUAAUUACAUAAUUAUUAACAAUGGUUAAAGUGGAAUGUUUUCUACCAUAUCUCAUUAUGUUAGUUAUUCUUAUGUUUUUGAUCUAUGAUAUUAUUACAAUACUCAACAGAGAAACAUUCAAGGUAGUUUUGGUGGACAAGGAAUCUGGGUGCUCGUCAUUUAUUCCCGAUGGAAUGGAACUCAAUGCAGAGAAUGCCGACAACGAGAGUGGUUAUAUACGUUUCCUCUUGAAUCAGGGUCUGUUUCCAAAUUACCCGCCAGUAGGAGAGGAAAUCAAUGGCGGCCUUCCUCAGACGGGCAAUUUAACGUUGCACUUGGAGAAAUUUAAAAAUGACGUCGAAGGUCAUAAAUGGCAAAACUACACAGGUAUCAUAAGCGUCAUACUAAGCUACUGGCAUCAUAAUUGGGAUCUGAAUGAUGCGGCUUACCAGGAAAAAUCCAUAAAUCUCAGUGCAAAAAUUAAUGGGCAAUUGAAUGAUCUCAGUAUGACAGAGCAAAUAAAGCAAAAGGCACAAGAGAUGUUUGAAAGUGCUGCUAAAAACUUUUUACUCAAUACACUGAAAGAAGGAAAAGCUCUUAUACCAGAUGCCAAAUGGGGAUUGGCUGGGACACCAGUCUGUACAAAUUGUGCGUCUUGCACAUCGGAUAACUCAGGAUCUGAUUGGCUGUUCACGACGAGUGAGGUUGCAUUUAUUGAAGUCAAUCUCCAUAAUGGCGGUAAAAUUGAAAAAAUAGCCAAAUGCAUCGAAAGUAAUAGUAAAAUCAAAUCAAAGCACAAGAUUAAGGUUUUCCUUACUACCAAAUUGACUUAUCAUGAAUCAGGUGAUUUAAUAGAUGAGAAUGAUCUGAGCAAAAUCUUUUCACAAACCAAGAAUCUGGGCUAUGAUGGAAUCAUAAUUACAAUCAUCAACAAUCCGAGAAAUGAUCAAUUUUGUGAUGCUUUAAAGAAACGUUUUGACGAUUCUCUAGAGAAACAAAUCAAAGAAUUAACAAAUGACUGGUUCUUGUAAUUAUAAGUAAACCAAUGAAUUUUUCAUUAGAAAAUAAUAUACUGAUAUAGAAUACAUAUUUAAAUAUCUUACGGUUUUCAUGUUUUAAAUCUCACUUUCCAAUUCAGAACAUAAUUAGAUUUUGUCGAUUGAGAAAUAAAAUUAUCAUACAAACUGAGCAACUAAUAAAAUUUAGAGAUUUGGCUAUUGUUUCAGAUUUAUUAGAUAAGAGGCUUUCAUACAGAUGAGAGCUCUAAUCUUCUUAUUAUAUUAAAGCUGCAAAAGACAAUAACUUACGAAAAAUUCACAGCCUCUUAGGCUGAUUGUCUCGGGGAGCCCACAUCAAAAUCAGUUAGAGAACACACUGACUACGGGAAAACCUCCAAAUCACGAAAAUUUUAUCCCCCUGGCCACCCCUAGAGCCCCCCAAAUUUUUUCAAGCCAUUUGAAAGCUAAUACUGUUGGGUAGAUCCUGAUACUUUUAUAGUUAAAAAGUUGUUUUUGAACAUCCUUUCAAAGUUAUCCAAGAGUUAUUUAAAAACUCCCUUAAAAGUAAUGCGAGUGCAUUGAAAAACUCAAUUAUGGUGAUGUUGAUAGUGUAUACUACAUCUGUGGAGGGAUUUAUUGAUGAUUAACAUAUAACCUUUCCUAACUUUUUCAAUCAAAUUAUUCUGAUCCCAUCUUAAAACAUUUUCUUCAUCUUCAAGGAUGUAUCAAAUAUUUAGAGAUGUAGAAGCAGAACACACUUUUUAAGAAAUCAGAAACUAGAACAUUGUAAAGGGAAAAGUGAAGAAUAGGAAUGGAGCUGCUAGAACAGCUUAUAGGCUACUUAAUUUUGUAUCAAAGAAUUUGUUUUUUUUAAACAUUGUUUAAAACACAGUUGUUUUCGAACCAACUGAAGAGAUAAAUAUCACUUGGAAUCAACAAUAUUAAAAGAAGCUCACUUAAAAAGUAUUUAAUGCUGCACUGUAUAAUAAAUGAAUUUUCUUCAAAAAUAUAAUAUAUAAGUAAAAUACAUAUAAAAGUGAAAACGACUUAAUAAACUUACAUAUUUAAUGUCUUUUGGUGGGUUGUCUAGGGCCAGCAUAGAAUUUGGGCUUAACAAGAUGCCGUGGCCCCUUCCUCAUCAGAUUCUUCCUUUCCAUAUGAUGUUUGGCCAUCUCUUGUUCUCGGCCCAACUUCUUGUUCUUCUGCAAGAAAAAUAACGAAAUAUCACUGAAACUUGUUUGCAAUCAACGAACAAGACUUUUACACACAGCAUUCAAUAAAACCAAUUCCCAUUCCCUCUUUCUUGAAACUGAGAUUAUGAGUAUUCAUUAUAAUACAGAGUGUGGCAUCAUAAUUUCCUUUCUUCAAAACUUAAUAGAACGCAUUGUAAGAGUCAGAAAAGUUUUAUUCUAUAUUCAGAAUAUAAGUUUAUAUUUAAAGUUUUUUUCCAUGUGGUUUUGAAGAAUAUAUCAUGAAGAAGACGUUCCUUAAUCUGGAUACACUUUACAUAUUAUUUCUAUUAUUUGAUAUCACCCUUUCAAGUAUAUCAGGCGUAAUUUUUGCAAUUUACAACUGUACGUUAUUCUUAAAAUCUUGGAGGGUCUUCGGACGGUUCACAUAGACAAGGGAUUUCUAAAACCCCAACAGAAAAAAAAUUAGACAGGGGCAAACUAGGAGAUCGAACCAGCCAUUGAAAAUCGCCUCUUAUUCGGGAUAAGGCAUUCUGGGAAGUGUUCCUCAAAACAGCCAUUUUGUAUAUUACAUACAUUUUAUAUGGAUGAAAUAAAGGUCUUCGUGAAGAAUCCUCCUAACAGAACGAUCAGAACGUGCAAGGGGGACCUCCUAUAGAAGUAGGACCUCCUAUAUACUACCGGACCUGAACCUAGAAAAAAAAUGGCCGCCGUAUGUGGUGGCCUGCAAUGAUAUUUUAAACGGGAACUAGACGAACUGAGACGCUCUCUAACAACUGAUUAGUGAUUUUUUCUUAGAAGGAAUUUCUAUAAGACCACCACAUACGGCAGCCAUUUUUUCUAGGCUCAGGUCCGGUAGUAUAUAGAAGGUCCUGGUAGAAGCAUAUUUGCGUGCUGAACGCCUUUGAGAUUACAAAAUUUGAGCUCUCACUGUCUCAAUGUUACACGUAAUCUAAUGGGCCGUGGAACUUUAGAUCUUCGUUCUGCUGUACUACCUGUUUUCUAAACUUAGUAACCCACGAAACAAUUGAUUUCCGGUCAACAGGGCUAAAUUAAGCCGACUCCGAAAAGCGCACUGUGCUAUAGCCAUUGAACAGCCACUCGAAAAGUAGGCUUCAACGGUGAACGUAAGCUCCUUGCUGUUCCAACUCAUGAUGGCGACAGAACUGUGCAAGAACAACAUUUUAAAACCACGCCUUUCGAAAGUGACUGCUAGCACUCCGCUAUGUCAUCAACUAAAUGAAUAGAGCAAAUUAAAAAAAAAGGAAAUUAUGAUGCCGCACUCUGUAUAAUGAAAUAAUAAAAUAGUAUACGAAUGAAUUAUGCACGUUGAAAUUCAAUUUUCACAAUGCAUUCAAAAGUAGGGUUUAUAUUUUAGCAGUAUUCUUUUUUGUAUACAUUCAAUUUCGAACUUGAGCAAGCGUAGUUAUGGAUAUAACAAUAAAUUAUAGUUCUAGCUGGGAACCAAACCAAUCACAAUUAUUCAAUCAUUGAAAAUCAAUACUCAUCAGCAAGUUAUGAAUCAUUAUUAAUUUGCAGUCUAGAAAUAGGUAAUUCAAAUUCAAUGCACAAUCAAAUCUGCAUAACUGAAUUAGUUGAAUCGAAGAAAUAAAUCUUAUUUAAAUACAGAAAAUAACAAGAUAAAUGAAAAGUUAUAAAAAUUACAACUGCAUGCAAGUUUAAAUUGUAAAUUUUGAGAAUGAAUGAUCUCAAUCUCAAAAGGUUUAUUGUUACCUCCAAAAAUAAAAUUACUACCGUAGUUGGCCUCUGUUAUUUGUGUUCAUACGAAUCAUCUACUGCUAAUCUACAAUCUAUUUUUAAUGGAAGAUUAUUCAUAAUUAGCAUAUCAAAAGAAAACAUACUUUUUUCAAACUGAAAGUCAUUUCACGAUUGCCAGUUGCUGAUUGCUGGUUGCUGCCAUGACUACUUGCUUCUCCUUUUCCCAGUCUUUCUCCUAAGCUCAACCUGUAAAUUGUGCAACAAUAUAAUAUAUAGAUUAUAAAAAGUUCAAUAAAAUUGUUGUUUGAUAACAUUUUUUUUAAAUUAUUAAAACCAUAAAACUUU